AUGAAUUACUCUAACAUGAUAGAGGAAAAAGCGCUCAAAAAAACAUUCAUAAUUGCGACACUGGUUUCAACGAUCGUUGGCACUUUCACGGCAUCAAUUGCAUUGCACGACAAGAUCAAGGAAAAGCAGGAGAAGGCUGCGAAUGCGAAGAAGCAGCAACAGGGUGUAGAUGACAAGCAGGAUAAGGGCCUCGAGGAGCUAAAAGAGCGAUUGGGAGAGCUCGAGAAUAAGGCCGAUAAAGGGAAGGAAGUAUCAGACAAUCCAAUGGAGGACGACGAUUUUGCGCAAGCCACUGGAAGAUCUAAAGCCAUGUUGGAGGAGACAUACGAGCAGAAUGUUGGCCAACUCGGGCAAAACUUUGCGCAAGGCGAUUUGGUCACCGAGAAUGCACUGCAGAAGCAAGUCAUUGAUCUGCAGCAGGUCGUGAUCAGUGUAUUGCAAGGCGCAGUCUCCGAUAGUCGCGCACUGACCGAAGACGACAUGCGACAGAUUAUCAUGGCGCAAGAUAAAGCUCGCGACGGAUCAAUUUCAGCCUUGAAUGCACAGCGAGACCGUCUCCUCGCCGAACAGCAGCGGAAAGAGCAAGGCGACAAAACACCAACCGCUGUCCAGUCGCCCCCUCUCUCGCAGCGUUCCGCGCGUGGUUCGCCUCCACCAGGCCCUGAAACCAUCAAAUCCUUACCUGCACCGCCACCAGCACUCUUUUGCCGCUAUGCGAAAGACCUUCAGAAAAACCCGUGGCGGCCUCUUGGCAAAGCAUUCUCGCGCAGUGGGACUCACUCUUGUCCUGAUUGCCACAUUCCAAUCCCGGUCGAUACACGCGAUGUGUGGGUACUGUCGACGCACUUUCCCAACUCUAGUAGCAACAGUUUGGAGAAGAUCAAGAAUCGCGAUUAUCGUAUGGAUGCGCGAUUCGUCGUCAAGUGUCAUACAGCAGAUGGAAGAGGAUAUUUUGCGUGCGUGCUUUGCGACAAGUGGAGGGAUAUCGACUGUAUUUGUCGUGACGUCGAUGCGCUAGUCAAGCAUCUUGGUACAGCACACACGCCAGACGAGUUUGAAAAAGACAGUGAUUUAGUACGAAUGAAGGAUGGGAGUAUAGUGAAGAGUAGCACGGGAAGGGAAAUGGCCCUAGCUUAAUUUUAGACAUAAGUUCAGGCAUUAGUCGAAGGUAGUAUUAUAAUGUCCU